GGGCACUUUAUCUUGGUUCGUAAAUCGUCAAUGUCACCACCAGUUCAAGAUUCACUGCAAGCCAUGUCCGAUAGCGAGCAAUCGGACUCUUCUCAAGAGAUGAUGCCCACUGUUGAUCCGGCAUUGCAGUUACCUCUACGGCCACAUCACCUCUUACCAGUGCAAUCCAAUGCUGAUCAGUCGUCUUUGUCGUCGUACACUUCUAACGAACAGCAGACCAAAGAACAAUUAGGAGCUUCGAGUAUUCCAGCACAUCAUUGGUCAUGCAACGUAAAAGGAACAGAUCGAUGGUUUAGAGAUGAAAAUGGCCGAGUUCUGCUUAUGAGAGGAGUCAAUUUGUGUGGCGCGUCCAAGCUGCCAACUAGUCCUUAUGCUGGAUCCACCCAUUUGUACGACGAAGACAAGUUUUGGGACCAUCGUAAUGUCAGCUUUGUUGGCCGUCCCUUUCCUCUAGAGGAUGCUGCAGAGCACUUUGGAAGACUUCGUGCCUGGGGUCUGACAUUUGUGCGACUGCUGGUACCUUGGGAGAGCCUUGAGCAUGCCGGCCCGGGAAUAUACGACGAAGAAUACAUUGAUUAUCUCAUUAAAAUCAUUGAGAUGAUGCCAAAAUAUGGUAUCAAAUGCUUUAUUGAUCCGCAUCAAGAUGCUUGGUCACGAUUUUCAGGUGGAUCAGGAGCACCAGGAUGGACUUUUGAGUUGGCUGGUUUGAAUAUUCGGUCCUUCAAAGAAACUGGUGCAGCAUAUGUUCAUAACACCAAUGCCGUUCCCGGCGAUCCAUUGCCUAUGGUUUGGCCUACAAAUUAUACAAAGUUGGCGAGCAGCACUAUGUUCACUCUUUUCUUCGCGGGAGAUACCUUUGCUCCGUCCAAAACAUACAACGGCGAGUCAAUUCAACAAUUUCUUCAAACUCAUUUCAUCAACUGCUUUGCGCAUUUAGCCCAACGUCUUUCGCAAUUGGAAGCUGUACUCGGUUUCGAAGUGAUGAAUGAACCUCAUCCCGGUUAUAUUGGACUAAAGACUCUCGCCAAAUACGACUCAGCUAUCAACUUGAUCUUUGGAGACUCACCAACUGCGUUACAAGCAUUAGCAUUGGGGGAUGGCAUUCCGCAAGAAGUAGACGUCUAUGUCAAAAGUUGGCCGAUUCCAACGAAGCGAUCUCACAGUCGAGUGAUCAAUAAGAGUAAAACAUCUGCUUGGCUUGAAGGUCAUGGUUGUAUCUGGCGUGACCAUGGCGUUUGGGGAUUAGACGAAAAUGACCAGCCAAAACUUAUCAACGACAAGUAUUUUGCAAAACAUCCCGAAACUGGCGAACCCAUUUCUUUUUACAACGACUUUUAUUUCCCAUUCGUUAAUGCAUAUGCGAAAGCCAUCCAAAAUAUUCGACAGGAAUGGUUCUGCUUUGUUGAACCACUACCGAAUGAGAUUGCACCAAAGUACAAUGACGAGCAUCAUCAGGAUAACAUUGUGUUUUCUCCACAUUGGUAUGACCUUAACUGCGUGUUCUAUAAAAAAUUUGAAGGCAAAGUGACCCAUGACGUGCAGCAUCUUCAGAAGGGAGGCAAUGUUUUAAAGGCAACCUACUUUGGUGUAAAAGGAGCAAAGAAGAAUUACUCGGGUCAAAUUCGUAAUGUUCGCAAGGGUGGCAUCGACAAUAUGGGCGAGAAACCAUGUGUGGUUGGUGAAGUUGGCAUUCCCAUGGAUUUAAACCAACGUAGAGCUUUCGAAACUGGGGAUUACACCCAUCAUACCAACUUCCUUGAUGCUGUUAUAUAUGCUUUGGAGAGCAACCUUGUCAACUUCACGCUAUGGAAUUACAAUCCUACUAACGAUAAUACGCAUGGUGAUCACUGGAAUGGUGAAGACUUCUCCAUCUUUUCUCCUAUGCAUGAUAAAGCUGUGACAGAGGAUGAUCACAAUAGCGAAGAAGAACCGCCUGUCGGCAAUUUUGAGAUUGAUGUUCAAAAACUCAAAGCAAUCGAUCAGGAAAUGACCAAGGUGCACGGUAGAGACCAAGCUGCCGUCGACCACUGGCAUAAGGGUGGCCGAGUAUUGGAUGCUGUCAUUAGACCCUAUGCGUCUAAAAUAGCGGGCACACCUAUCUCAGCCGCCUUCAACUUGGAUAAGCUUGAGUACACUUUUGUUUUCGAGCAUAACGGCACAGCGACAGAGACUGAAAUAUAUAUACCUGGCUAUCACUAUGAUGGGAAAGCCAUUGAUAUCAGAGUGUCUGAUGGAGACUGGAGAUACGUCAAGGAUCAACAGACACUAUAUUACAGACACCUUGUAGAUCACAAAGUCCACCGUAUACAAAUUCGCGCAUUGGCAUCUGGAACGGAUAAAGAGGCUAUCAAGCGAAAGAACACUGGCUGCGUGAUGAUGUAAACUAUACUUUUUAAAAUAUAUCCAUUUGCUUCGUUUUAGAAAGGUGUUUCCACGCUUAUAGCAUAGCUGGAAUAGAAGCAGUCAAUUUGACGAUAGUAUAAACCCAACAGUAGAAUAUACAUGGAUUGAUUUUUUU